CUGUUUUUAUUCUUCCUCUCCUUUUCCUGUCUGCUCUCCCCUCCUCUCCUCUUCGGCGAUAUCGACACCGCCUAAUCGUGUAUCUGCACCCACUGCAGAGGGAUCACCACCGUCGGGAUCUGGUAGGUCCGAUCGAGGGCCGCUGGAUGCGAAGCCGACGGGGGCGGAUAUAUGAGUAGGACUCCCGCGGAGAGGAGGGCGGGGAACGGGAGCUGUGGGCCGGCGAGGGGCGCCGGAUAAAUGCCCUACGUGGGGAUCUAGGGCUCACCGGGGCGGCGCUGGUGCUCGUCCUCGUCGUCGGGGCCGGUGCUGGCCCUGGUGGUGCGGCGGAGAUGGCGGCUCGCGGUGGCGAGGCAGGAGGAGGUCCGGCGGUUGGUGUUCCUCGCGGCAGAGGAGGCCGAGAGGGCGGAGAUGGAGGCCGUGCUUGCUUAUGCGGCAGAAUCGACCGCCGUAGGGGCGCCGGCGAGGCCGGUGUGUGCAGUUUGCUUCAGCCCCACCACGACGAGGUGCUCUCGGUGCAAAGCCGUCAGAUACUGCUCUGGCAAAUGUCAAAUUGUUCACUGGAGACAAGGCCACAAGGAAGAAUGCCGUCCUCCAUGUAUUGAAGAUAAGUACGAUGGCCGAACAAACAUUUCUGAUCUGAAAGAAGUACCAGUUGAACAAUCCAUUGAAUCUGGCAACAGUUUGGAAUUUGAAGAACAGCCACAUGCUAAAGCAGCUGAGACUUCCCCAAAGAGACCAUCAUCUGAAUCCAACUGCUGUAGUAACAUUCUUACUGAAGACAAGCCUGAGGACAAACCUGCUGUGGAUGCAUCUGAAACUGAACACACUUCUGAUUCUUUUUCCUCAUCAGCACCUAGCUGCUCGACAUUUUCUGGAAGUACGGAAACCUCUGAUGAUGGUUCUACCAGCGAGGAACCACUUCUAUCCCAUAGUGCUAAACUAGGUGUAUCUUCAACUCAUGAUACUUCUCCUAGCUUCAAAGUAGCAGUUGAUGUUAGUAACAUGAAUUUUACCAAAGCUUCGCCUGCUGAACUUGCCAGUGCAAGCAUUCCUGAAAGUAGUGUUCCUUGCUCGAGUAACUCAAAGCAGAGUGUAUCCGCAAGUAAAACUGAAAGCAUUGAGUGCAAGCCUAGUGCUCAUUCAGGCAUAACUCCAUGUUCUAGUGCCACUGUUGAAGGUGAUAUGAAUGUAGAUCAUGGUGCUGGAAAAGAUAAUUUAUCCUAUUCUCAUGCAUGUCCAGAGGAUGAAUGUGUUGAGCUAGAUGUUGAAUCUUCUUCACAACUGUCUAAGUUCCCUGGGAAGAAUGAUCCCUUUAGUACGAGUUCUAGAAAUGAAGAUUCUUUGCACAGAGCUGCUUCAUCAGAAGGAACAGCUAAAUUCGAGCAUAAGGAAAUGCAGACCGUGGGCACUGAAAAUUCAAGUUGUAUUGCCAGCAGGAGGAGCUAUGGGAUGUUGCAGAAAUCUACGAGUACAAAAUCGUUUAAAUCUGCUUCUUCUGCUGUUCAAUCAUCUUCUGAUGGUUGUGUCCACACAAUUGGAACUGUUAAAUCCUUGAAGGUUGAUAAUGCACCAACAAUUCCUAUUAGAUCAUCCGAGAGUAGAGGAUCUAUGCCAAAUGGUCUGACAACAUCCAUGAAGAGAGUUGUUAAGCAGUUUACAGCUCCAAAAGUUUCAAGGCAUUAUCCAUCAGAAGUGAUGCUUUUCCCAUAUGAUCUCUUCAUCAGACUUUACAACUGUGACAAAGUGGAACUGCGCCCUUGUGGUCUUACUAACUGUGGCAACAGCUGUUAUGCAAAUGCUGUGCUCCAGUGCUUGGCAUUUACGCGGCCCCUUGCUGCAUAUCUUCUUGAAGGACUUCAUUCAAAAACAUGUCCAAAGACAGAGUGGUGCUUUGUCUGUGAACUUGAAAGACUAUUGAUGAUGGCAAAGCAAGGAAAAUCUCCUUUGUCCCCUGCUGGAAUUCUUUCUCAUUUAAGCAACAUUGGUAGUAAUUUUGGUCAUGGAAGAGAAGAAGAUGCCCAUGAAUUUUUAAGGUAUGCUAUUGAAGCAAUGCAAUCUGCAUGCCUCAAGGAAGCUGGGACAAAUGUAACUGGCCCAUUAGUUGAAGAGACAACACUUAUACAACUAAUUUUUGGUGGUUACCUGCGGUCAAAGAUAAGGUGCAUGAGAUGUCAAGGAAAAUCUGAGCGUUGUGAACGAAUGAUGGAUCUUACUGUCGAAAUAAAUGGGGACAUUGGUACCCUUGAAGAAGCACUUUCUCGUUUUACAGCUACUGAGAUUUUGGAUGGAGAGAACAAGUACCAGUGUGACAGGUGUAAAUCAUAUGAGCGAGCAAAAAAGAAAUUGACGAUAUUGGAGGCUCCUAACAUCCUUACUAUUGCAUUGAAACGUUUUCAGUCUGGUAAAUUUGGCAAGCUCAACAAAUCUAUCCGGUUCCCUGAGUACCUGGAUUUAGCUCGUUAUAUGAGUGGAACAGAUGACAAGUCCCCUGUUUAUAGGCUCUAUGCGGUGGUUGUUCAUCUGGAUAUCAUGAAUGCUUCUUUUUCUGGUCACUAUGUGUGUUAUGUGAGGGCUACGCAGGGCAAGUGGUACAAGACUGAUGACAGCACGGUGAAACCUGUGGAGCUUGAAAGAGUCUUGUCAAAAGGCGCAUACAUGCUUCUUUAUGCGAGGUGCUCACCUCGUGCUCCAAGUUCAAUAAGGAAAGCACUGUCCCAUGAGCAACUACAGAAAAAAAAGAUCAAGGAAAUGAAGAUCAAACCCAAUUCCAUGUACUUACAACGCAGUUCGUCAAUUGCACAUCGGAGGAGCCUGUUUCACUCACAGCGGUCCAUGGAUGAUGCUGCCAAUUUUCAACCAUAUGAUCUGUUUGAUGAAAGAAUCCGUCCUCCCAAAAUAGAUUCGUCCAGCGACAGUUCUUCCCUUUUCAGCUGCUCGUCUGAGGGGUCUGGUAGCACUGAGAGCACAAGGGACUCGAUCAGUACUGAUGAGUACUCUGAAUACUUAUUUGGAGAGUCUGACCGGAUUGGUUGGAACAGUCCUUUAAGAUCUUCCGAGGACUCGGAUGGCUUCAAUUACUCUCCUUCAAGUACCCUGAGAAGCAGCGAUUCCACAUCGACUCUCAGUUCUUCAGGAUGGGAGGCAAACCGGGUGGAGGUUGUGAGGAUUGAGGAUAGGAAGCGUCAGGACAGCAGAGAAGGGUUUUUGGAGGGCAACAUGAGCCCUUCCUUUUUGUACCCUGACUCGGUUAAGCAGUGUACAAAGUUGACAGCAGAACUUAGGACUACAGGGACUGACCGGGUUAACCCUAAUGAGGUGAAGCCCAAUGUGUUAUUUAGAAAGUCUAAGGAAAGAGCAGCCCAGACAUUUUAUUGAUGGUUUGGGUUGUACAGAAAUAAGGUAGCUGUAAUAUUAUCUCGUUCUGGUUCGAAGAAAAUGAAAAGAAUGAUAGGUUUUUCUUUACCA